UGGUAAGAAGUUGACAUAACAACAGUUCAGUCUGUGCUGUUUUAUCGUUUAAAUCACCACAAAUAUAUUAUUCAUUAUAUUAUUUAAAUUUAAAUUACUCACAAUAAUUUACUAAUAAUAACUAUCAUUAUUUUUUAAAAUUUUAUUUAUUUUAAAUAAAUAUAUCACGUAAUACCUUCUAUUACGUAUUAAAAAAAAUUUAUUUGAAAUUACAAAUCAUUAAUUAUUUAUUAAUGAUAAUUUUCGAUAGUAUUAAAUUUAAACAGCCAGAUUUUAAUAAGAGUUUGAAUUAUAAAUAAUUAUAUAUACAUAUAUAUGUAUAUAUAAAUAAUUAAAACGUGGUUUUGUAACAAAGGCGUAAAUAUUUUUGAAGUGAAGCCAAGCGGUGGCCAUAUUGUGCGUUCGUCCCCAGCUGGCUCUAUUUUUUUUUUUAUACAAAAAAAAAUAUACGAUUCAACCAGUCGAUAUUUUGAGAACGAGCAAGAGCUAGAAACUUACGAAGAAGAGAAAGUUCAUUUUUAAAAACUGCUGAUUCGUGAGUUUUUUUUUUUUAUUAACGGAUCCCUGUGUGUGACACGUCAAUCUCGAACUGUUUUGUUUCUUUUGUUUAAAAUCGUUACGGAUAAAUAUAUAUAUACACAUAUGUGUGUAGAGGACGCCAUUUUAGUUUUUUUUUCCUUUAUUUAUGAAGAAUUAUUGCGCAGUUACGAAGUCCGUGGAUUUUCAAGACAUAAGUUGACCUGCCGGAUUAGGAAAAUAUCAACUUUCUAAAGAUAAAUUAAUUAAUAAAAUAAAUAAAAAUGACGAACUCAACUCCUAAAAUGAACAACAAAGUGGAGAGACAGGCAUCACCCAAUACAAGCACAAAAAAACGCUCUCGUGCCACACCGCGAUCUACGUAUUUCAAUAACAACAAUAAAUAUUCAAACUCAACAACUCCAAACCACAACAACAACAACAAUCCAAUCACCACAGGAAGAUUAAGCUUAAGCCCAUGUGGUAAAAAUAGUUCAUACUACUCGCGUAGUAACGAUAGUUCUGGUUACUCAACAUCAUCAUCAUUAUCAUCACGAUCAUCAGGAAAUGGUAGUCCAACGAAUAAUUAUUUUGCCGGUUCAAAAUGGUCUGAUCCACCAUCAGCAGCGGCAUUGCCACAGCCACCGAGUCACUGGACACCAAUUGAAUGUCAACAAUUACACGAUAAUUUGCUAACCAAUCAUUUAAAAGUGGUUUUAAAUGUCCAAGCUUGAUAUAUUAAUUAUUAAUUCAUAUAUUUAUUAAUAAUGAUAAUUAUUAUUAUUAUUAUUGAUAAUAAUAAUUAAUAAUUAAUCAAAAAGACUAUUAAAUUAUAAAUAAGUUCCCGUUCCAGUGAUAGUGCUUUACGUUUUUAAAUAAAAUAAAAAAAAAAAAAAAAUGAAAAAAAAAACGUUUGAUAAAACUAUGAAAGGAUCAAUACUGUGUUAAUUCAAAUAUUUAAAUAUUAAAUACAAAGACAAAUUUGUAUUACACUUGAGUGAGGAGUUAUUGGUUUUAAAAAACAACAACUGCAACAUGAAAUCUAUAUGGGCAAGUGAACUUUAUUAAUAAAUGUACAAAGUUGUAACUAUUGUAAUUUAGAUUAUCAUUUAAUGUAAUUAAUUUUUAAUUAUAACGGACUUUAAAUAAUUAAAGAAAAUUAAAACGCGUACACUAUAAAUAUAUACAUACAUAUAUAUAUAUUUCUAAAAAUAUAUAUAUGUAAAUUGCAAACUGAUGAUCUAAACCACAAGUAAUAAUUAUUGUUUUAAAGAUUUAUUUUAGUUUGUAAUUAAUUAUUUUUAAAUUUAUAAUUAAUUAGUAAUUUUAUCUCGAGAGUCUUUUAAAUUUAAACUGCCACAGGAUUUAUUUUAAAAUUAUUAUGAACUUUUUUUUUUUAAACUAAAAUUAUUAUUUUUCA